AUUAUAAAGUUUUUUUAUAAGGUAAGAAAUUAUAAAGUUAGGAGGAGGGAAGUGCUCAAGCUCAAGUGGUCAAAUGGUAGGAGUAUAAUAUACAUACAGAAUAUUCAAAAGUACAACAGGGCCCCACAAACCUACCAAUCACCGGUCGAAAUUCUUCACCACUCAACUCUCAUCAGAACCGUAUGCUGAUUGACUGAAAUAUGUCAUUAAAAUCAAGGGUUAAGAAUUCAUCUCAGUCUUGCAGAACCAGGUUCACAUAAAAAGGAAAAGCGAAAUUAUUUUCCUUUGCUCCUCUCCUCUUUUCUUUUUUGUUUGCUUCCUCAGAUUUCCUUCUUCUUCUUUCUUUUUCCCUGUGUCUCCCUCCUAUCCCUCGAAAGUUCUUUCUUUUAGAUCCGUAACGAUCUUUGACGUUCAACCAUGGCAUCAAAGCGGAUCUUGAAGGAGCUCAAGGAUCUCCAGAAAGACCCGCCUACAUCUUGCAGCGCUGGUCCUGUAGCUGAAGACAUGUUUCACUGGCAAGCGACGAUAAUGGGUCCCCCGGAUAGUCCUUAUGCAGGGGGAGUCUUUCUAGUGACCAUUCAUUUCCCUCCUGAUUAUCCAUUUAAACCACCAAAGGUUGCAUUCAGAACUAAAGUUUUUCACCCAAAUAUCAACAGCAAUGGCAGUAUCUGUCUUGACAUUUUGAAAGAACAGUGGAGCCCUGCCUUGACAAUAUCCAAGGUGUUGCUUUCCAUUUGUUCCCUGUUGACGGACCCAAACCCAGACGAUCCGCUAGUGCCAGAGAUCGCACAUAUGUACAAGACGGAUAGGGCCAAGUACGAGACUACUGCUAGAAGCUGGACCCAGAAGUAUGCCAUGGGCUAACGUGCUUAGUGGUGAGGGCAUUUAGGAGGUUGAAUAAUACCUUGUUAUGUAUAAAAAUGAAGUGUGGUUUGUACCUUUUAAUAUUGCAAUAGAUUUAUAUUUGCUCUCUUGAAAUUAAGACUAUUAUCUGUAUUCUUAAUUAUGAACGUCUAUGUAGACCUCUCUCAAUGUUGUUUGAUAUACCAAGUGAUGUAUUUUUCUUUAUGUUAUCAUAUAUUUAGCCUUUUGGUUUUCAA